GUAGAUGGCCGUGAGGAUAGACCAGAGAAGAAAGCUGAGAAGUACAUAGAUUUUGAAGAUGAUGAUGUGUAUGGCCAAUCAGUAGAAGAUGAUUAUUGCAUUUCUCCUUCAACAGCAGCUCAGUUUAUCUACUCCAGACGAGAGAAACCAGCAACAUUUGCUGAGCCAUUACAAGAAGAAUAUGGCUAUGAAGGUACAGAUGAUACUGCUGAUUAUUUUACAUCCAAUCAUCAGUUGACUGAAGUUGAUAGAGCCCGUCUUAAUUCAUGCCUUGAUCAAAUGAGAGAAGUUUUGGCAGAGUCUGUACCAGAGCAAACAAUGGUGCAAGCAGUACUGGAUAGUAAAUUUGAUGUACAGAAGGCUUUGGAUCUUGUGCUUUCACAAGACAGUAAGCAAAAUGUGAAGACCAAGAAUGAGGACGCUGUGAUUGUAGGAAAGACGACAAAAGGUAAGGAGACUUACUUUGUUGUCCAGAAAUGUGUAUUGAUAGAGACAGUUUCUCUUGCAGAGAAUCAACUACCAGAAAGUGCUAACACAGUAAGUUUGAUUCCUGACAGGGAAGAUGUUUACUGUAGCAUAGGAAGUAACCCAUCUGGAAAUCCUUCCUUUAAGGAGUUGGAAUGCAAGGAAACACAGGACUUGAAAUCCUUGCUGAUGCAGAAUGUAGUUAGUGAUUCUUUGAGUCCUGAAGACAGCAUUCCUCUUGUUUCCUCAAAUACUUCUGAUUGUAAUAGUAAUGCACAUUUUUACAGUCCUCCGUGUUUAACAAGUGCUUUAGGAAAACUGACUCUUCGUAAUGAAGUCGGUCAUACUGUAAAUAGAAAGAACGAACUUCUUGAAAAUUUUUCUUCACUUGUGCAAAGUAGAAAACAAGAAAGUCCGUCUUCAGACGUGGCUGCUUUGUCAGUGUUAAGGUCUGGAAGUACAUCAUUGGCCGACUUACUUCAGGAGCACCAGGAAAGCAGUGCUAACCGCUGUUAUUCUUUGGCUGAUCUUUAUACCCAGUCAACAGCAAGUCUCACUGAUAUGAAAUUGGGAACCUCACCAUUAUCACAACUAGUAAGUCAACCCCAAACUUCAGGUGGAAUGCCAGAGCUAACAGGAUCUUUGUCUUCUCUAGCCCACUCUAAAGUUUCUCCACUAAAGGAAAUUGAGAAUUUAUCACUCUCGGAUUUAAUAGCAGAGACUAUUGAAGUAGAUAAAACUCAACAAAGGACAGACUUCCCCAUGCUCAAUGUAGCUGAACUGAGGCCCUCUAAAAGAACCAACAUUGAUUUAAGUGUCCUUGUAAAAAAUGCCAAUGUAUCUGCAGAACAAAAUGUGGUAGGACAGUCAAAUAUCUUAAGCCCUGAAACUAGACUUUUAAAAGAAAAACAAGGAAAAUGUUCUGGUUUUGCCAAAACAAAUAAAAAACCCAAAAGAGGGCUUACUCCUAAGAGGCAGGAUUUGUCCCUUUCAUGGAUGAAGGUGCUACGUGCAAGACCUUCAGCUUUUGCUUUAACCUUGUGUCUCCGUUACCCUCCAAAAGGUUAUAAGCGGCGCACAAUUGGUAUGCAUAAAGCUUUCCUAUACAGUAGACAAGUACAAGACAUAAAGCCCAAGGAAACUGGUCCUAUAAUAGCCAUAACACCAUUUGACUUCAAAUCAGCAUCUCCUGAUGAUAUUGUGAAAGCUAACCAAAAAAGAGCUUUUACAAGAGAA